AUGGUUGCAAAUGUUUUGAUGUUUAUUUUCAUAUCCUUUGCGGGAAUCAUAGCAACCCUCGAACGAACGAAUGGAAUUCUUUUCAGUUCUUGCGAAAUAGACGGUAGGAUUGCAGAAAACUGUGCCAGUACGUUAAGUCUAGCAUCCUCUCGCAUCGAUCCAAGGAUUCAACGGAAGAUGUCGAACAAAUUGUUUAUGUGUGAUUUCGAAGUGUUUGGAAUUGUACAAGGGGUGUUCUUUCGCAAGUACACCCAAAAACAGGCGUCAAGUUUGGGAUUACGUGGUUGGUGCAUGAAUACUCGCGAUGAUACAGUGAAAGGACAACUCGAAGGUGAAGAAAAAGCGAUGAACGAAAUGAAACAUUGGCUACAAACUAAAGGUAGUCCAUCUAGCCGUAUUGAUAAGGCAGUUUUUAGCGUUCCAAGAGAGAUAACAAACUUUUCAUUCAAAGAUUUCUCAAUACGUCGUUGA